UGUUUGCUUCUGAACCAUGAUAGGGAUUCCCAUGCAAGAGCCCAUAUUCGAAUGAAAGCUUGUCACACACUUCUCAGGUAUGCUUGGCAGGAGACCUCUCAUGAUUUUAAUGAGGACGACUGUCUUCCAAACAAAAAGAAAGAAGAGCUCUUUGAAAACAUGGAACCACAGAAGAAACACAGUAAUUCUCUAAAGCACAGUCAAUUGCAGAAGCUUUGCCGCCAGCAGUUCAAAUACAGAGAUGGGCAUAUUAUAAGCCAUGCCACUCCUCAGCUAGUCUUGGGGGUGCAAGGUCCCAACCUGCAUUCAGGCAUGGAGGUGGUUUUGGUAGAAAAAAAAGUGAAUGACAGUCAUCAACGCUGGAUGCACAAGGAAGACAGCAGGACCUUUCACCUGGUGAGUAACCCAGACCUAGUGUUGGCUGUGUCUAUGACUAAAGCUAGAAAUGAAGUCUGCAGCUAUCCAGUAAUUGUUCAGAAAUAUAAGCCAUAUAACAAUGGGGCUUCCAAUCAAAAGUGGAAUUACAUGGAGAAUAUGAAAGCUUUUAUGGCCUUUCAUAGUACUACCCUAGAUAAGGAAAUCACAGCAGCAAAUUAUGCUGGUAUUUGUACAUCUUCUGUGAUUAAAGAAGAAAACAUUGAUCAACCAGGAUACUACUAUCUCUCAUCCACUGGAAACACAAAAACAAUGCUGUGCUUGGCAUGCGGACAAUCCAUGAGAGCAGAGAAGAGACUGAAACAACUGCUUCCAGGGCUGCCAUUCCUCUGUGCCUCAGGUUCCAAGAUCCAGAAACCCUUCUCACAAGGGCCUUUCAAGGUCAUAAAUGUGGCCGAGGUUGAUUUAUCUUCCUACGAGGCUGAAAAAACUCUAAGUUACUAUGAAGAACGUCUAUUAUCUUUACGGAUGAAGACCUGCACCCAAGUUGUAUCUCAUAGUGAUGUGGCGGCUAUGCACCAGAAGGCAGUGAAAAUAAUUGCAUACAAAAAUGGAGAUGGAUAUCAAAAUGGAAAGUUAAUUGUGACUGGAACAUUCCCCAUGCUUCUUACAGAGUGCACGGAACAACUUGGUCUUGCCAGAGCAGCUUCCAAAGUAUAUGCCAAAGACGGAACCACAAUCCUUUCCUUGCGUCAUUUGGUUUUAUGGGCUCUAGAUGAGUCUUUUAUCCAGAGAGACUCCAAGGAACCAAAGAAAGAGGCAGUCUCUGUGGGAACAAAAGAGGCAACUGCUAAAAGCAUGGAAGAAAACACAGGAAUGAAUGCAAAACCCAAAUUAUUUCUAAAGUCUGUGGCAUCUGAUAGUUUGGAUGGUAUAGAUAAGUCUUUGCUGACCCUCAUCCUUAGAAAUCCCAUUGCCAUCUGGGUAUCUUGUGGUGAACCGUUUUUAUCUCCGAAUGCUUUGCAAAAAGCAGGAGAAUUAGAAAAACAGAACUGGCUAAAAAAGGACAAAAUUUUGGCUGAUCUAGACACCAUGAAACACAAAAUGAGACAGUUAAAAGGGCGGCGAGUAGCAGCAUGUCAGCCAGCCACCAUGGUUCCAAACAAAAGCCCUGUACAGCCGGUGGUGGUGGAAGGAGGCUGGACUGAGCAGACUCAAGAGGAAAUUAAACUCAUGAAACUUAUAAGACAUACAGAGGCACACCUUUCUGAAGUCCAAGAACUGCAAUCCACAAGAAACUCCCCAAUUACAGCUAAACAUGUAGCCCUUGCACAGAGCAGCCUGUAUAAGCAACCCAACACAAAACGAGUAUGGAUUUAUCUAAAUGGAGGCAGACCUGAGGAUGGUGCUUACGCCUGGGGCAAAACUAUUUUAGAGCUCCUGGAUGACUGCUCCUCUCGUCUCAAAAUGGCCCGCCCUGCCAGGGCACUGUACACCCCCGAUGGAGAGCCAGUUCACUCAUGGGACGACGUAGAGCGAGACAUGGCCCUCUGUGUGUCCUCAGGACAUGGCUUUGUAACCCAAAAAGAGUUAAAGCAACUGGUGGAGAUCAGAGCAAAUUAUGCCAGAAUCCGAAGACAGCAGGGUCCUCAAGCUACAGACCUCGUGGUGUCCCCCUCUGCAAAGCUGUAAUUUCUGGAAAGAAAACUAUCUUCACCUGCUUGUAAACAGAAGACUUUGACCAAAAGCCCAAUUAUUUAGAUUGCUGAAGACUCUGAAUUCAGGGAAAUUCACUUCUACAGAAGAAAUCUGUGUGGUUUAUUUAAAAAUUUAUUCCUAAAAUUUAUACUUCAAAAUAACUGGAUUUUUCAUGAGCAGAUUUUGAAGAGUUACCAACACUGAUAAGUCAACAACAAAUUAUCUGUAAAUUCAUAAGGCAUAUCAUAACCAAGAGCAAUGUUAACUACAGACAUUUUGUAUUUCAGUGAAAUCCAUAUACAUACUCUAGUUUUUCCCAUCUAUAGAGUGGUCUAUUAGGAAAAAAUUGCAUAGAUACUGAGCAUAUGUUUCAUCUCCCCAACUAGAUGCUGAGUGCCUAGAGGGCAGAGACCCUCAUUUAUAUUUACUUGGGACAGAGCUCUGCCCUCAAGGACUCAGGGAUAAUAUCCAGCAACCCACUGCCAGAGCCACCUGAUAGGAAGAUGAGGUUCAGCCGUCUUCCACUCUUGUGCUGGACCACAGACCAAAAUGACAACAGUACAAUGGAAAUAGAGGACCUGCUUUACAAAAUUUCAUUUCAGUCAGCUGUUUGGGGGCUGCAGUCCUCAGACAGAUUACAUGGAGUUAUAGUCGGGUAGUCUUUGCUGCCUUUCAGAGGCAAGAAGUACUUCUCAAAAUCAUACAGAUAAAAUAAAUGGCAUGGUGUAUAUUCCUGAAAUAUAUCUUUGAUGAUAAUAAAUUUUGGUUUCAAAUUCAAGAAACAUCCAAAAAUUAUAUUUAUAAAUGAAUUGACAACAUUCAAAACCUCAAUACUCUAUUGUAAGGGAGUCUGUAAACCAUUCGGAUUCACAUACUAUUUGUGAAUCAUUUGAAAAGCUUACAAAAUGCAGAUAGGCAAAGUGUUUUUUAUACUGUUGCAUGAGGUUCACAGACCUACCUGAAAAACAUGAAAUUCCAAGUAAAGCACUCCUGACAUAAGAUAUUUCUGAUUUUUAUAAUCUUUAUGGUUUGGGGGACAUAGGAUCCAUACCUCCCAAUGGAAGAUUUCAAAGUAGACAUCAGAUGAAGCAGAUACUAAGUUUCACUGUGAUAAUAUGUUAUACUGUUAUAAUCAAA